AAGCAGCUCUCUACUACCGUUGUAGCGGCCGAGGUGGGCGGAGCUCUCCAGUCGUAUGCUGCAAGCGGUGGGUGACGCGACUGUUCACUCGCCCGCUGUGUGGGCGGAGCGUAUCCGAACUCGGGAGCGGCGAUUGGUGGUGUGUGCCCGGGGAGGGCGGGGCUCAUAGUCUCAGGAAGCUCCACGUGUGUGUACAUAGGUGUCGGAGAAGGCCUCACUGAGAGUCCUAGAGAGUCUUAUGAGUAAAUUUUUCACACGAGUACAUCCAACAAGUGGCGGAGCUAAAUCAGUAAGCUAAUACUGCGACCGACCACAGGUAAGUGAGAUGCUGUCAGCUGUAGAAGAGAUCAGUACGGCUCAAGCCUCUGGUCACAGAAAGAGGCAACGGGGCAAAUCAAAGCAGAAGGAUAGUAACAAAGAAGAGGAGAUUAGAGCUAAAAACCUAAAGACCAUAGCUGAAAAACCAGAUGUGGAAAAAUGUUUGGAGGAUUUAGUGUUUGGUGGUGAGGAUGAAUUUGUGGAAAGACUUCUUGGUGAUUCAAAGGUUAGGGAUGAGUCCAGUGGAGAGAGUGACUCUGAUCAUGAAAGUGCAAAGGAUACCACCACACCAGGCAAGAAACCAGCUUGGGUUGAUGAUGAUGAUGAGGUGGAAGAAAGCAUUGAUAUGACCCAUCGGUAUCGUAGAGAUGUGAUCAAAAGUAAAGCAGAGACCAAGCUGAGCAAAGAGAAACUCCAAGUCAGACUUCAGCAAGAAUUCCAGAAAGCAAUGGGUGGAGUUCCAUCUUGGGCUUCCAGAGAUCCCAAGAAAAGAAUUGUCAGAGAAGAUGAGGAUGAUGAUAGUGAAGAAGAAAGUGAUGAUAACUUGUUGAGUAAAACUGGUAAUUUUCUAGCAAAGUCCAGUUACUUGCCAAGUGGUAUUUUGGAGAUGAAAAGGUGUUUGAAUGCCAAUUCCGAGAGACCAUGUACAUCCCCACUCACUACAGUUCAGUUCCACCCAUUGGCACAAGUUAUUAUGACUGCAGGGCUCGACCGCUCAGUCUCGUUGUUUCAGGUUGAUGGCAAAUUAAAUCCGAAGAUACAAAGCAUCCAUUUGGAAAAAUUUCCAGUUUUUAGAGCGCAGUUCAGUGCUGAUGGUGAACAGGUGAUAGCCACAGGACUGCGGCAUAAAUUUUUUUAUGUGUAUGACAUGAUGGGUGGAAGCAUUAUUACUAUUCCCAGAAUUAGAGGCUUGGAAGAAAAAUAUAUUAAGCAAUUUGAAGUAUCACCAGAUGGGUCGUGCCUUCUACUCAAUGGGUCGGCUGGAUACCUUCAUUUGCUUUCUAUGAAGACAAAGGAGCUGAUUGGAAGUAUGAAGAUGAAUGGGAAAUCUGUCCGAGCAGUGUUUUCUCCAGACAGCAGUAAAAUCUUUUCAAAUUCUGAGGAUGGUGAUGUGUAUGUUUGGGAUGUUAAAAGCCGGCAAUGUCUAAACCGAUUUAUUGAUGAUGGCAGCUUAUUUGGUACGUCUCUGGCUGUAUCGAAAGAUGGCCGUUAUGUGUCUUGUGGGUCAAACUCUGGAGUUGUGAAUAUAUAUGGCUUUGAUGACUGCCUACAACACACAAAACCUAAACCUGUGAAAUCUGUAAUGAACCUGGUGACCACUGUUUCAUCACAAGUAUUCAAUUCACAUACAGAAAUCCUAGCAAUAGCCUCCCACACAACGGAUGAAGCUGUCAAACUGGUUCACAUUCCCUCAUUUACUGUCUUCUCGAACUUCCCCAUACAAAGCAAAAGAAAGCGGAUUCAUCUUCCCAGAGCAAUGGAUUUUUCCCCUCACAGUGGUUUCUUUUCUAUAGCAAACAACAAAGGUGAAGCUUUACUGUACAGGUUAAAACAUUACUCUGACUUUUAAAAGAGAAAACAAAUGGACUGCCUUGGUAUUCUUAAAGCAUUCUAGUAAUAAAAUAAGAAGUUGCCUGUCUCUUCCACAGAAUGUUUAUCUACAUAUGUUAUUAAAAUGUGUGCAUAUGAAUAUAGAAAAGAAAAAAGAUC